CAGGGUCCGCCCCGCUCCGCCCCGCCGCCGCUCCCCGCGCCCCCGCUCCGCAUCCCGCUCCGCUCCGCGCUCCGCUCCGCCGCCCGAGGGGGGGGGCGGCCCAGGGGGGCGGCGGGUCCCGCUCAGCCCCCGGGGAGGGAGGGGGGCGAUGCCCCGCGCCGAGCCCCGCCCGGCCCCCCCGCCGCUCCGCCGCCCCGCCGCCCCGGCGCCGCCCGCCCCCCGCCGCUGAGCCUGGCCCGCCGCCGCGGCCUCCCCCGGCGGCGCCGCCCGGCCCGGGCUGCCGCAGCGCCGCGAUGGAGACGGCGGAGAAGGAGUGCGGAGCCCUCGGCGGCCUCUUCCAAGCCAUCAUCAACGACAUGAAGAGCUCCUACCCCAUCUGGGAGGAUUUCAACUCGAAGGCCACCAAGCUGCACUCCCAGCUCAGGACCACGGUGCUGGCCGCAGUUGCCUUCCUGGAUGCCUUCCAGAAAGUGGCCGACAUGGCCACCAACACACGAGGUGCCACGAGGGACAUCGGCUCUGCGCUGACCCGCAUGUGCAUGCGCCACCGCAGCAUCGAGGCCAAGCUCCGGCAGUUCACCAACGCCCUCAUGGAGAGCCUGAUAAACCCUUUGCAGGACAGGAUUGAGGACUGGAAGAAAACUGCCAACCAGCUGGAUAAGGACCACGCAAAAGAGUACAAGCGAGCCCGCCACGAGAUCAAGAAAAAAUCCUCCGACACCCUCAAGCUCCAGAAAAAGGCUCGCAAAGGGAAGGGGGACCUGCAACCCCAGCUGGACAAUGCGCUGCAGGAUGUCAAUGACAUGUACCUGCUGCUGGAGGAGACGGAGAAGCAGGCGGUCCGCAAAGCCCUCAUCGAGGAGCGGGGCCGCUUCUGCACCUUCAUCACCUUCCUGCAGCCCGUGGUGAACGGGGAGCUCACCAUGCUGGGAGAGAUCACCCACCUGCAGGGCAUCAUCGAGGACCUGGUGGUGCUCACCGCCGAGCCCCACAAGCUGCCCCCCGCCAGCGAGCAGGUGAUCAAGGACCUGAAGGGCUCUGACUACAGCUGGUCCUACCAGACCCCCCCAUCCUCGCCCAGCAGCUCCAGCUCCCGCAAGUCCAGCAUGUGCAGCAGCGUUAGCAGUGCCAAGGGUGGCAUGGCAUGGCCCGGCGGGGCUCAGACCUGCUCACCCAGUUCCACCUAUCGCUACCGCAGCCUGGCGCAGCCCCCCGCCGCCGCCACCCGCCUCUCUAGCGUAUCCUCCCACGACUCCGGCUUCAUCUCCCAGGAUGCUGCUUACUCCAAACCGCCCUCCCCCAUGCCCUCGGACAUCACCAGCCAGAAGUCCUCCAGCUCGGCAUCCUCGGAGGCCUCCGAAACCUGCCAGUCGGUUAGCGAGUGCAGCUCCCCCACCUCGGUUAGUUCUUGCUCCGCUGCUGGAGCACGGGCAGGUGGUGGAAAGGACUGGUCCAAGGCCAGCCCCUACGACCAGCCCGUGGUCCCCACCCUGCAGCGGCGCAAGGACCGCGUGGAGCACCUGCGGGAAGCUGAGAUGGGCUCGCCUGCCAGCGGGUACCCGAGCAUCGGCAGCGAGGAUGCUCCCAGGCCCCGGAUGUCACCGGCUACAAUUGCCGCCAAGCAUGGGGAGGAGGUGUCCCCCGCUGCCAGUGACCUGGCCAUGGUCUUGACACGGGGGCUGAGCCUGGAGCACCAGAAGAGCAGCCGGGACUCGCUGCAGUACUCCAGUGGCUACAGCACACAGACCACCACCCCCUCCUGCUCCGAGGACACCAUCCCUUCCCAAGGCUCUGACUACGACUGCUACUCGGUGAAUGGCGAUGUGGAGUGUGACCCCCAGAGCGACUUUGACAAGUCCUCCACCAUCCCGCGCAACAGCAACAUUGCCCAGAACUACCGGCGGAUGAUCCAGACCAAGCGUCCUGCCUCCACUGCCGGGCUGCCCACCGGCACCAACCUACCAGCCGGCACCACUCCGGGGGUGGCCACCAUCCGCCGCACACCCUCCACCAAACCCUCGGUCCGCCGUACCCUCUCCAACGCCGGCCCCAUCCCCAUCCGACCCCCCAUCGUCCCCGUGAAGACCCCCACGGUGCCCGACUCCCCCAGCUACACCGGCCCCACACGGGUGGGCAGCGAAGAGUGCGUCUUCUACACCGAUGACGCCUCACCGAACCCUCUGGAUUUUGCCAAAGCUUCGCCCAAGCGGCUGAGCCUUCCCAACACGGCCUGGGGCGGCGGUGCCAUGGAGAUCUCCGUCUACCCCGGGGCCGGCCAGCACCUCUCCGCUGAGGAAGAGGAGGACCAACAGCUGGCCGCCAACCGGCACAGCCUGGUGGAGAAGAUCGGUGAGCUGGUGGCCAGCGCCCACGCCCUGGGGGAGGGCCAGUUCCCCUUCCCCACCGCCCUCGCGGGGCCUGGGCCCGGCGAGGAGACCCCCGCGCCCCCCCCGGCGGCCUCCAUGGACCCCCCGGCCGAAGACAUGCUGGUGGCCAUCCGGCGCGGGGUGCGCCUGCGCAGGACCGUCACCAACGACAGGUCGGCCCCGCGGAUAUCGUGAUGAUGCCCCGGCCAGCGGGGAUGCGCCUACCGUGGCCGAUGGACCCGCCGGAGGCACCCGCUGCACCUCCCCAGGACCCCCCCCGCCGGCACCCGCUGCCCCUCCCUCACUGCCCCCCGCUUUCUGCUCCUCUGUCUCCUCCCCUCCAGCCCUUGCCUUGCCUUACAUCUUGCCUUCACUGGUUCUCCCUUUGGCUCUUUCUCUCCUCUUUUCUUGUUUUUUCUUUUCCCUUUUUCCUUUUUCUUCUCUUCAUUUCUUCUCCUUUUUCUUUUCCUUUUCCUCUUUUCUUCUUCUUUUUCUUCUUUUCUUCUUUCCUUUCCUUUUUUUCUCUUUUUCUCUUUUUCUCUUUUUCUCUUUUUCUCUUUUUCUCUUUUUCUCUUUUUCUCUUUUUCUCUUUUUCUCUUUUUCUCUUUUUCUCUUUUUCUUUUUCUUUUGCUCUUCUUCCUCUUCUUUCUCCUUUCUCUUUCUCCUUUCUCUUUCUCCUUUCUCUUUCUCCUUUCUCUUUCUCCUUUCUCUUUCUCCUUUCUCUUUCUCCUUUCUCUUUCUCCUUUCUCUUUCUCCUUUCUCUUUCUCCUUUCUCUUUCUCCUUUCUCUUUCUCCUUUCUCUUUCUCCUUUCUCUUUCUCUCCUCUUUUUUCUCCCCCUUUCUUUUUUCUCUUUUUUACUCAUUCCUUUUUGUCUCUUGUCCCUUUUUUUCCCUCGCUCCUUUUCUCUCGUUCUUUUUUGUCCUUUCCUUUCUUUCACUUUUCCUUUUUCCCUCUCUCUUUUCCUCUCCCUGUUUCCUCUUUCCUCUGCGCCCCCCCCCCCCCCCCGCCCCAUCCCCGGGCGCCAGCAGGUGCCCCCCCCAGCCCCAGCAGGAGGGGCCGGUGCCAGCGGGGCCACGGCAGGAGCAGCACCAGGAGCAGGGGUCCCUGUCCCCGGCCCCCCCAGCUGCCUGCUGGGGGCCAGCACAGCUCAGCCCCAUGGCGGGGGUCAGAAGAAGUGGGGAGGGGGCUGCAGAGCAGAGAGGGGGGCACAUGUGUGAUCGGGCGGGGGGACGGUGGGGGGACAGGCACUGCAGCCCCCUCCAACUUGGGGGGACACUGGGGCACAGUGGGUGAGGAUACGGAACCUCCUCUUCGCCCCCCAAGGAUCACUGGGGAGCCCCCCCAAGCCCCCCUCCCUCUCCCUCAGCACCCGCAGACCCUGUGCAGGAUCCUGCUGGGGCAGGGUCUGGGGGACAGGGGGUUUCACCCAGGCCCCCCUGAAGCAAAGCAGCUGAUUUCUGCCGGCGGCUGGAGGAAAGCACAACCCCCCUGGCCCCCCCUGCUGUACAUAGCCCCCCCACUGCCCCGCUGUCUGUCGCAUUGCAGCCCCCCCUUUCCCUCCCCCUUAGGAAUAACGAUUUAGUUCCCCCCCUUCUCCUGCCCAGAACCGCUGAUGCCAAGUGACAAAUGUUUGGGUUUGGGGGAGGGGGGGGGUCUCUUAUUUUGUACAGAAAACAAAAAAUCCUUGGACAAGAAAAAAAACCCGACCUGUCUUUCGACUGAAGUAACUUUUCUGGUGCUGUUGUUAACUUGGUCCUUUUUUUUUUUCUUUUUUUUAAUUUAUUUCCCCUCCGUGUUCCCGCCUCUGCCGCUGCUUCCCCCCUCCCCAUCCCUCUGCCAGGUUUCUUUCUCUUUCUUUCAUACCCUCUUUUCUUUUAAUUUUUUUUUUUUUGGUGGUAAUUCCCCCUCUUUCCCACCUGCCCCCACCUCAAUUUCCAUAGUCACUGCUACAAGUAACGAAUGCACUGUGAAGAUUCCAGUAUUAAUAAAGGUUGUACUGUAAUUAAUA